UUGGAGGCUGCGAGGGGGGGGGGGGGUGGCUGCCCGGAACCCACGAAAGAGGGUCUAUACAUGUCGUUAGGUGUCAUUAUUUUCCAGAGUGUGUAAAUUGGUCAGUGGGAUGGCGUGUAAUGACGAGACGCGGUGACGUGGUGUUUUAUAAGACGGCGCACGGAAGGAAAGUUCGCGAAGUCCCGAGCAGUGACGACGACGACGACAUGCCGGCUCACCUUCUGUUUCCCGUGGCAGUGCUCUCCGCCUUGGUGGUCUGCAGCCCCACCGAGGCGUGGUACAAGCAGGUGGCCGCUCCAAGCUACUACUCGGUGGGCAGAGCAUCCGGCUUGCUGUCCGGAAUCCGCAGGUCACCACACGUCAGAAGAGCCGGCAUGGAGACGCUCGAGCCGCAACCACCGCUUUUCAACCUGGAAACAACGCCCACUUGUUUAAGAGCCAUAACGCCAAACCUGCCGAGUUGUGAACUCUUCCUUGGGGGCAAAACAACGCUGAAGUGCAAAGCAGACAUCUUCCUGUCUCUGGACUUGUCAGACUGUGCAGAGUACUGAGCGGAAGAUGCCGAACAACUGUUUUUGUCUCUCUUUUGUCUUGUAUUUUAUGUCUCUAUUUUGUGCCACAUGUUACUGUUUUUCGUCAAUAAAUCAUAUGGGGAAAUAA